CAACUGUUGCUUCAGUGUUACAGGUAUCAUGUAGCUAUUGAUGUACUCUCGUGGUGCAUCGUAGGUACGCCUCAGCCAUCUGACAAUGAACCACAGGCAGUUCUCCUUCAGUGUGCGCAGCGGAAAGUGUAUCAGGAUUUGGUUUGCCCGGUGCCAUUCACACAGAACUCGGACAGUUUCUAACAAGUUGGCAGCUCUGUUGCGUAUUAACAGCUGAUUGUCAAUGUAACAGCAAAUAAAAACAAAACUAGGCGACUUUUGGAACAAACAAUGGCAUUUUGCAUUGCUGUGAUUGGCAAAGACAAUGCACCAUUGUACUUGGCCACGUCUGAUUUGGAGCGGGAGCUGGAUCUGCAAUAUCAUGUACAUGCGGCACUCGACGUGGUUGAAGAAAAGUGUCUAGUGGGCAAGGGUGCGCCCGAGUCCAAGGAACUCUACUUAGGCCUGCUCUUUUCCACAGAGAAUCACAAAAUCUACGGCUUUGUCACCAACUCCCGAGUCAAGUUUAUAGUUGUCAUCGAUUCGAGCAACAUCGCCUUAAGAGAGAACGAAGUGCGUGCGAUAUUUCGUAAUUUACAUAUGCUUUAUACGGACGCUGUUUGCAAUCCAUUUUACAUUCCGGGCGAGCAGUUGACCUCCAAAAAAUUUGAUCGAGCAGUGCAAAAACUUAUGAGCGGCAAUGCUUAACGUUAAGAUUAGCGCCACAGACGAAACGUAU